GGCAGAAGCUCCGGAGGAGCUUAUCAGGUAGCUUUAUCAGUCGCUCGUUCAGUAAACUUUGAUAGUUGAUGCAUGGGUCUGGGCCCACUGGGCAGCUGAUGGAGAAGACGCGAAGCGGCUGGAAAAUGAGAUCGUCCACCAUGCUGUCCUUCCUUGAAUCAGCCAUGGUUGCAGUCAUAAAACCACAAAUAAAUCGAAGCCGUUAGGAGAAGGCAAAACGAUACUAUCGCUGGAUAUUACGUUGCCCACAAGUGCCUAGAGGAAGGAGUCAUUCUUUUGAGAGUCCGCACGCGAGGUGCAACACUUUGUGCCCCGCGCUCUUGCCCCGUGCUCUUGCCCCGUAAAAACACCAGAAUCCAAUACUACAUUGACCGUUGCGCGUCGCCAUCUCCCCCUUUGGAGAUAACAAGCGCGAAGAUGGACCAAAAGACAUUCCAACAGGAUCUAAACAAAGAGAAGACUGGUCUUCUAACCCAAGUGAUCGCACUCCAUAACCCUCCCGAUACUCAUCGGAAGGGGCGCCAUAUAGUCACGGGAAUAAUACUCGCUGCGAUUAUAUGGAUCUCGUGGUCGUAUAUUCGUAUACAUGCACACGCUAUUGGGCCGAGUUGUGGGCCGACUGAAACGGGAGGAGCAUUUAAUCGCUGGGGGCAACUGGAAUUCGAAGAUAUCAUUCCCAGCGAGAAGCUGGAAUGGCACCCAUGCUUCGAGAUAUUCCUCUGUGCACGUCUCACUGUGCCAAUGGACUAUCAUCGUUCCCUGAACGCCUCGAAAGACAAUCCAAAAGUCCAUAUCGCACUCACCAUGCUCCCUGGCGAUAAUCACACUGCAUCUAAGAAGUACUCUAAAUCGCCGUUGCUGCUUAACCCCGGUGGUCCAGGUGGCUCUGGCGUCGGGAUGGUCAUGGGCUUUGGUCCUCGAAUCCACCAGAUUGUCGGCCCCGAUCAGGAUGUCAUUGGAUUCGAUCCUCGUGGAAUCGGAGCCACGACUCCACGGGCGGAUUGUUUCUCUUACCCACCUUACACCCCAAGCGCUGACUCCAUCUCCAACCCGCUUGCAACUGAAGAGAGCCUGGUUUUGGCUCCAGAUCCAGAGAAAGAGGACUACGUUCGUGGCUUAGCCCACAGACUGACGUGGCAGCUCACUGGUCUGGAAAUCGGAGUCGUCAACUCGAGCUCCGACUCUUUAAAGAAACUGGAUGUUCGUGCCAGAGCUCUGGCGAAAUUGUGUGGAGAGAAGGAUGGGUUAUACGGGAAAGAUAGCAUAUUAAGACACAUAGAUACUCCAAGCGUUGCUAGAGACAUGGUUAGUAUCAUCGAUGCUUGGGAUGCUUGGACUGAUGGGCUGGAAGACGAGGCUUUUGACGCGGAUGGAAAAUCCGAGAGUCUAGCUGCUCGGGCAGAACAAGUGGUCGAUGAUCAAGACUCGGUGAGUCUUGAUACAAAGGGCAAGCUGGUUUACUGGGGUUUCAGCUACGGUACACUUCUUGGAGCCACAUUCGCAUCUAUGUUCCCUGACCGCGUUGGUAGAGUGAUCUUGGAUGGAGUCAUUGAUGCAGACCACUACGUUGGACCGGUCUGGGUCGACAGUGUUCGAGACGCCGACAAAGUUCUCGCUUCAUUCUUUAAAUACUGUUAUGAAGCCGAAGAAAGAUGUGCUUUGUAUCGGAAAGACGACAAAGCCACAGAUAUUGAAUCCCGCUUCCACGCUAUCAUGGCCAAGAUCAAGAAGACUCCUAUCACCUUCGUCGAUCAUCAGACUAAGGCGCCGGCUGCCAUUAGUGACAGUCUCGUCAAAUUGAUUCUGUUCUCAACGCUCUAUUCCCCUAUGGGAACUUUCCCAUUCAUCGCUAUGGUACUUGAUGAUUUUGACCGAGGGACUGGAGAACUAUUAAGCCAGUUCGUAUAUCUCCCUUCCAGAAUUGACCUUCGAGACUUCUGCGCAGCGCCAAUGCCGGCACGUUUUUAUCCCGGCGACGCGCAGGCCGCCAUCAUGUGCAGUGAUAAACGGUAUCCGCUGAAUGAAACCCUCUCAAAUCUCGAAACGGUGUUCGAACAAAUGUCCAAUUCAUCCUCCUUCGCCGACAUCUGGAUGACGCUGAUGAUCGGCUGCGAUGGCUGGAAGAUCGAAGCGGUGGACCCACCGAUGCGCUGGGAUGAUCACCCAGCGCACAAGCUCAAGCCGAUUAAAACGUCGUUCCCCCUGCUCUUUAUCAGCAAUAGCGCCGACCCCGUAACGCCGUUGUUCGCGGGGGUGAAAAUGGCGAAGAAGUUCGUUGGUGCAGGGCUUAUUGAGCAGGAAUCUGAAGGCCAUUGUAGUAUUUCCACCGUGUCGAAAUGUACGAUUGAGAAAGUGAGAGCGUACUUCACGGAAGGGAAGGUGCCCAGCCCGCCGGUGGAGGGCGGGAAGGGUAGGGAGUUGUUAGAUGGAGUAUGGGACAGAUGUGAGAGGGAUGAGUGGCCGUGGAAACCGUUUGAUGGGAAGGAGUACAUGGCGAAGAGGGGUAUGGGGGCUGCGGUGGAGGCGAAGAGGUUGAGGGCUUGGAAGGAGAUGCAGGAGGCUGCUAGGAAGUGGAAGUUUUGGGGCGGGGAAGAUCCUGUGCUUGGUCAAGGGAUUUUGGUGGCGCGUCUUGGUCAUUGAGAAUGGAGGUGUUGAGCACUCGACGGUUAUGAAAGUGUUGGCUAUAUAGUAUGUCCAAACGCUGGAUGGGCUCUUGUGCACGAGUUUGGAGCGCGGUCAUUCUUUGAGAGGUUCUGUUGACUUUAUUUCGAUUCUAGUCACUGUUACUACUGGCCUUUUAAAAGAUUCGGACAAACUGGAAAGCUUAGUUCUUUUUACCUUGAUUCGGCCGAUAUUUAUAAUAAGGGUCAAGCCUGAAAUAUCAAAUAAUAAACUCGUG